GGGAAUAGGACAUUGCAGUGGUCAAUUGCAAGGGUGUCCUCUUCCUUCCUUAUCUUUGCAUCGCCCCCUGACCAAAAACUUUGUUGUUUUUCUCUCGGUGCUCGGUGGUCUCCUCAUCUAUCCUCCACUUAAUUACCUUUCGCUCCCUCCUUCUUUCUGCAGCGAAAGAGGAAAAGUGGUCAUCAUUAUUGCUCUAUUGUUUCUCUUAUUUCUAACAUUACUUCACCAUGUCCGGCCAAUCCCUCAAGUCCCCGGUUCCCAUGGCUGUUCCCCUGUCCGACAAUUCUACCAACCCCUCGAGCGGUAGCCUUGCCAGUUCGUCGAAUAGGCCCCAACCGGCACAACAACUUGCAAAGGGGCUCUUUAACAGAAAUGAUCAAUGGCAACCUGAGCAGGAUCUAACUCUGCAAGAUGUGACUGACGCAGUUCACCUCCGACGGCCUGGGAUAGAAAUAAUAUUCUUUCCCGAGGUCAAGUCCGCCCAGAUCAAAGACAACGUCGAGCUCACAAGAGAAAUCUCCUCGGUGUUCAACGUCCCGGACUUCUUCUGGACCAGGGCUGGGUAUGAAGCCAAUGGCUUCUUCAGCUAUAACAAGUCCCCGCUGUCACCGAAUAAGUUCCAGGGAGUCAGCUUUGGCACCACGUCCCGCUUCCUCAUCAAGGAGAUCAUCCCCACAAGUAAAGAUAGUUACAGAUAUGACUGGCAGUACCUCAGCUUUGUGAGCCUCUGGUACCGCCCGAGCAUCGAACAAGACCAACCAACGCAGUACUUGCUAUGUUUUGAUCUUUCCCCCAAGAUGAAAAGAUCCAUCGUGGAGGCCUUCCAGAAGUCCAAUCACUCUGCUUGGCGCCACUGUCCGCUGGGUGUCUACUCCGUCAUCGUACCCGUGAUUGCGCGCUUCUUUGACGACGCCUUGUGGGAGUUCCGAGUGCCUAUUCGAGACAUCGAGAAGUCACGGAUCAGGUCAAACCAGUCAACCGUCGCCAACGCCAUGGAGACGCGCUAUAUCAGCAUGCACGAGCUUUCGCGACAUGUCAUCCACGAGAUUGAGACGCUCCAGAUCUCAGCGCGAACCCUCGCCUCAAUCGCCGAGCAUCACGGGUACUGCAUACACGACGCAACCGGCGGAGAGCCUGACUGCAACUGCGGGACGGAUCUAGAAUUCUAUCAACGGUUCUUGGAAAACCUGCAGCUCCGAGCCGCGGCUUUUGAUAACAGGCUGCAGAACGAGAUCAGAUUGGCUUUCAAUCUCUCUGCCGCAGAUGACAAUGCAACAGCCAAAGAGAUCCUGAAGGAUGGGCAUAAUGAUGGCAGAGAGCUCACCCAGUUGGUGUCGACUGCCACCUUGCUCUUCCUGCCGGGGUCAUUCAUCUCCAGCCUUUUCGGCAUGAACUUUUUCCAGUACGGCGAUAAGAACGUGGAUACCUCGGAUCAGAUCUACAUCUUUGUUAUCGUCACCGUGGUUGUUACGGCCAUGGCAUUUGGCGUCUGGCAGUACUACAUCAAGAGGGAGCGCAAGCGCAACAUCAAAAACACGCCAGGUGCGGUGGAUGUAGCGGCCUUGGAGAAGGGGCUAGUGCGCGGAACAACGUUCCCAGCCCCCUAAACCCCGGUGGAAGAUGCGAGUCAUUGUGUUUGGAUUGGAAUUUCAUGCGAAAGAAGGCCUAGAUCUUUGUCUAGCUAUAUUAUAUCCUAUACAUUGUGGUUAAUCUAGACGGCUUACAUUGGCAACAACAACAACAACAGAGACGGCGACAGCAAGAGUGCUUUAGCAAUCGCGACAGCGACGGCUAGCGAAAUGCCCCUGCCCUAAUAGUUAAAUACCCCUGCCCGCGGAGACAACCUCGUGACAGAGACAGUCUACAUUAGUUUUGAGUUGACGGACCUAUUUAUAGAUAUAUUAAGUAUUUAC